CAAAGUACCGCGAGAGCGAGUCGAAAGCAUAUGGAGCUACAGUCGCUCUCGCGGUACUUUAUUGUCACACACCGAUACACACCUAACAACUGUUCUGCCGCUCAGGUGUGAGAGGAGGAGCUCUGAUGAGGAGGAUAAAUACUGCUGUCAUCUGAUCAGAGCACAAGAACGGAUUCAUCAUGGACUUCGAUCUGAACUCAGCUGUUGGAGGAGAUGAGGUGAAGAAGCAGGAGGGCAAAGAGGUGGAGGGAAUCUUUGGGUUUGGAAAGAAGGAUAAAGACAAAGAAGAAAAGGAUAAAGAGUGCAAGGACAAGGAUAAGGACAAGAGUGAUUGCAAAGAAAAGGAGAAGGAGAAAGAGAAAGACAAGUGCAAAGAUAAAGACAAGUGCAAAGACAAGGACAAGAAGAAGGAUAAAGAACACAAAAAGGGACAUGGACACGGACAUGGACACGGUCAUGGACACGGACACGGACACGGUCACGGUCGAGGACGCAGGUCAUCGUCUUCAUCCAGUGAUGAGGACUGAAGACUGAUGACAGAAGGUGGACCGGGGCUAGUUGUCACAUGGGGAAGAUGUUUUGAGACACUAAAUAGUCUGUAAUACAUUUUAAAUAUUAUAUUGUUGAAAAUGGGUUGAUUUUCUGUAUUUAUGUCAUAUGUUUUCUUAUAUCAGUGUCAGUACACAGCAUGUUCCCAUUGUGACUUAUCCCAUAGAAUGUGACAACAUGCCCCGCCAAUGGUCACAAUGUAACUUUUUUUUUUUUUUUGGUAGUGAAGAAAGUUUUUGACAAUAAAAAACUGGCUUUUCAUAUACUCACCAUGA